AUGUACGCGUCGGCGGUGGGUGGGGUGACGUACGCGGCGUCGUUCGGGCCUUGGUUCGUUUCGCUGAGUAAAAUGUCGCGCGCAGAGUGGAAGAGUGGCAUCAAGCACAGCUGGGGACACGUCAAGGAUGAGAUGCAUCACUAUUGGUCCGGCGCAAAGCUGCUCUGGGUCGAAGUGAAGAUCGCGUCGCGGUUGUCUUGGCGGUUGAUGAGCGGAUCGGAGUUGUCGAGGCGAGAGCGAAAGCAGCUGACGCGCACGACGGCGGACGUCUUUCGUUUGGUGCCUUUCGCGGCGUUCGUGUUGAUUCCAUUCAUGGAAGUCUUCUUACCCGUAGCUCUGAAGCUGUUUCCGAACAUGCUUCCCACGACGUUUAGAAACGAUCUGAAGCACGAGGAAGAGUUGAAGAAGAAGCUCAAGGCGAAGCUCGAGGUGGCGAGAUUUUUACAAGACACGGUUCGAAUGAUGGCCAAAGGCUUGAAGCACUCGCGCGACGGUGUCACGCGCGAUCGCGCCGAUGAUUUGUACGUUUUUAUGAAGAAAAUUCGCUCCGGCGCCAAGGUGACGAACGAAGACAUUUUGAAGUUUUCAAAGCUCUUCAACGACGAAUUCACGUUGUACCAAGUCAAUCGCGCGCAGUUGGUGAACAUGUGCAAGUUUGUCGGUAUCGCGCCGUACGGCACCGAUACUUUCUUGCGUUUUCAGCUUCGAAACAAGCUUCGUGAGAUCAAGAACGACGAUAAGAUGAUCUACUUCGAGGGAUUGAGCAAUAUGACGACGAGCGAACUGCGAAGCGCGGCGCGCUCGCGCGGGAUGCGAUGGGAGUGCGAGCGGGAAGAUUUAAUCAAGCAACUCGAGGAUUGGCUCGAGUUGAGCCUGAAGAAUAAGCUCCCAUCGACUCUCCUACUUCUUUCGCGUGCGUUUGUCAUCACAGCUGAGUCCAGCGGCGAGGAUGCCAAGACGAAGGUGUUCCAAGAUAUCACCGACACCUUGGCUUCGUUGCCCGAGGACGUCAUCACUUCCGCGGCGGUUGACGAAGGUUUGGCCACGCAUACGCCAACGAAGAAGGAAGAUUACACGAAGAGAAUGGAGUUCUUGAAGCGCGAAGAAGAAAUCAUCGCGGAGGAGCAAAAACAAACGGAAGCCGGCGCGCCUUCGACGAAGCAAGCGGCCGCGCCUUCCGCCGACGCAUCAGGCGAUGAUGAAGAGAAGGCCAUUCGCAAUGAAGAAAAGGCGACGUACGAACGCGAGAAGCGCGCAAAGCGCGCCGCGCAGCUCUCGCGUUUGCUAACCAUGGUUUCCGACACGUCAUCCGUCUGCGUUGAACGCACCGAGUUGAUGAUGCUCGUCAAGAAGGGUGUAGACGCAUACGCCGACCGCGUCGAAGAAGCGCGAUGCGCCGCUGAAGAAAUCGCCGCGGACCAGGGCGCCAUCGAGCACCUCACCGCGGAAGUGGACGAAGAGGCUCGACUCUCGCAUCAGCUCGCCGACCAAGUCAGCGCUCGCGUGGACAAGAUGUUGCAAUCCGCGAGCAAAGACAUUGAAGAAGUGGAGAAGCGCAUCGGCGACAAACUCCGCGUCCUCGACGCGGAUUGCGAUGGUAAGAUCACCAUGCAGGAGCUGUUACGCGUGCGCGACGUUCUCGGCGCCGAUCAAAUCGACGAACGCGACGAAAUCGAGUUGGUGAACAUUCUCAGCGGUCUCAUCAAGGACGACGGAACCAUCGCCGUGGAAGAUUUGAGAAAGCUCACCAGCGACAUCAUCUCCACCGAACACUUGGAAGACGUUCAAACGGACGACGACGCGGACAUCGAGGCGACCUCGAGCGCGAGCGCCGCGUCCUCGGAUGUCCCCGCGUAG